GAAGAUGGCGGCGCCCAUGGUUCAAUUUCAUUUGUUGAGUUGGCGUACAGUCAAAUGGAUAGGCCUAACAUAAGAAAACGGUUCUGCAGCGUUAAAAAUGGAGAAAAGAGAACUUAUUGAGCUUCAGCUUUCAGAGGUUGAGAUGCUUCAGAGUAUGUUUCCGAAUGAAGAGUUUUGUAUGGAUGAUCUGAGUGUGAUUUCCGAAGCUCGCAAUAUCGUGGAAUGCGACGACCAUGACGAUGAUCAUGAACUUGAAGUUGAAGGAUUAUUGGCGGAAUUUCGUCAAAUUACCUUCACCAUCAAGAUUAAAAUCGAAGAACCCCAGUGUGACUUGCAAGUGAUCUGCCUUCUUCCUGAGAGGUACCCCCAGGAUGUCCCUGAGGUUUUGGUUCGAUCUGAAACACCACUGUUUUCCCGUCAACAGCAAAAGAGACUGAAUGAUGAUGUUGCUGAGCACAUUUUAAGUCUAGACCGAGGGGAACUCUGCAUAGGUGAAGCAAUCCAAUGGAUCAGAGAGAACACUUACAAAUAUGUGGAACCACCCUCCCCAUCAAAAGAUAAAAGUGUGUCUAACAAAAAUAUGUCCAAGAAAACAAAAGAGGAUGAUACAUUUACAAGACUUUGGAUUCAUAGUCAUCAUAUCUACAGCAAGUUUAAAAGAAGGGACAUUUUAGACUGGGGAACAGAGCUGCCAGUAACAGGGUUUUGUCUUCCUGGAAAGCCAGGAAUUAUCUGCAUUGAGGGGGAGAAAAGUUUUGCUGAGGAGUUUUGGAACCGUCUGCGACGGAUGAACUGGAAGAAGAUUUCUUGCAAGCAUCGGGAGGAUGUCCCCCUUUGUGAUGGAAAGGGCCAGUCAACUUCAACCUCUGACCUCAGAAGGUUCAGUGGGUUUGAGGAAAAAGAGUUUGCUGUAAGCAGUGGGAGAGACUAUCACAUGGAUCUUGGAAUGUUCUUUAAGUUCCUAGAGGAGCAUAAUUGUGGGUCUGUGUUUAAAAUAUUGCUGGGUGUUGAUGGAAAAGUAUCAUCUAAGGCUGACUGACUUUCUAUUGCUCCAUUCAAUAAAAAAAAAAACAGUUAUCAUUCUGUAGACUAAUAAUUAUUUUCAAUAAGAAAUGUCACUGAACCCAUUGGUUGGAUAUGGUGAUCUUUUCCAAAAGAUUUCAGAUGCAUGUUGUAUUGCUCAAUUGUUCUUGUCUACCAUUAUUUUAUAUUAUGGAAAAUUAUUCAGUUUUAAAAUACAUGUACAUGUACAGUGUAUAUUAAAAUGGACCCAUUACCGAGGAGCCAUUGA